AUGCAAGCCGCCGCGCAGCAGCUUGCAGACAGCAUCGUCAGCGCGACCGCCGUCACGCACAAUGCGGCGUCGACGCAGGAGCAGCGGACAGAAGCCGUCCGCUUCUUCGAGCAGCUGAAGCAUGGCGAAAUCCAUUCGACCGUGUUCGCGGCCGCCGUGCUGACGGGCACGCAGUACGCCCUGGAGGUUCAGGUGUCCGCCUAUUCGCUGCUGCAGUACCUGGUGCGCAACCGCUGGGGCGAGCUGGCGCCGCAGGAGCAGCAGCAGGUCACGCAGCUGGCCUACCAACACCUGAGAGACGUCGGCCACCUGGGUGCCCAGGCGGCCUGGGCGCUCAAGAGCAAGGCGGCGAUGCUGCUAGCGGGUGUUGUGCGCCAGCAGGGGCCCGAGGGCUUCGGGCAGCUGCUGCCGCAGCUUAUCGCGGCGGCGGGGGAGGGGCCGAUGCAGGCCGAGAUCAGCUGCCUGGUGCUGCAGUUUGUGGCGGAGGACAUAAUGCAGUUCGAGGACCGCACGGGGGACUGGCGGCGCUCGUUCCUGUCCGCGCUGCUGGCCAGCGUGGACACAGUGUUCCCCGCGCUGGUCAAGCUGCUGCAAGACAACUUCUCCGCCGGCGUCGCCGCCUCCCAGUCCGGCCGCCCCGACGCCGCGCGCGCCCACGCCGCCGUCGUCAACGCGGCGCUCGGGGCGCUCUCGUCCUACGUCGAGUGGGCGCCGCUGGGGCGCGUCGGGGGCGGCAGCGUGGUGGAGGCGUGCGCGUUCUUCCUCAAUGCGCCUGAUUUUCGGGACGCGGCCCUGGGGGUGCUGAAGCAGGUGCGCUUUCUUCCUCCGCCCCGCCUCGCCGGAUCCCUUCUCAUUUUUGAGAUAGCAUCCCGCCCACGCGGCGGCGGCGGCGGUUUCGGGUGCAGGUCGGGGCGAUGCGGGGCGCGGAGGGCCGCCGGCGAGCGUCGCCGCGCGGCUGCGGCCGCGGCCGCGGCGCCCGUACGCCGGGUCUGA